CAUAGGUAUUUCGAAAAUAUUUCUGAAAUAUUUGUGGGAACGGCUUUAAUACACAUCAGUGCGUACUUACAAUUAGUGCGUUCAAUCGAACUCGUUUUUAGAUCGCGAUUUGCGAAGAUCAUAUGUUCCCGCGAUUUGGGACUGGCGCACUAAUUUUCCGCGAGCGAUUGGAGAUGAUCCAACGGGCCGGCGAUCAACGAGAUUCCGAUCUCGCGAUCGGGGCCAAUCGAUAAGUCGACAAAUACCGCGCCGUCGAUUGGCCGCGGCGUAUGUAUUGUGUCCCCCAUCUCCCUCACCCCCACCACCCCUGCAAUUGUCUUCGAAAAUCCUAAUUACGCGUUUCGCUGAGAUCUCGAUUCUGCUUAUCUUUAUGGCGUUCCGCCGGUUUCGCGCUAAAAGUCAGUCGGCUCGAAUUCGAAAAUCGGUCUCGACUCGGGCAAGCGACGAAGAAGACGAAAAUCCGCCAUAUAGCAGCAGCAGCAGCAGCAGCAGCAGCAGCAUGAACGUCGGCGGCGAUAUCGCGCAGCUAUCCUACAAGGAGCUGCAGGCCCUGGCCCUGAGGUAUCGCGUACCGGGCAACAUCAAGAAGAAGGUUCUGGUCAAAAUUCUGCAAGCCGCCAGGAAUGGAAAUGACGCCGAGUUUUGCCGGCUGCUACAGGAGCUGAGGAAGAACCGCAAAAGGAAGAUGAGGAAGUCGUCGAGCUCCAAGGACUCGACCAAGCUUGGGGUAACGUCGACGCCCCUGCACAGUCCCGACUAUAUAAUGGUCGAUGACGACUAUUAUUAUCAGCAACAGCAACAGCAGUCGCAGCAACAGUCGCCUUAUCAGUGGUGUUUUCCGUUUUUGCAGAUCGGUGCCGAGGAGGAGAUAGUAAGCAGGGAAGACGACAAGAUCCCACACUACGAAGAGUUCAAGCAGUUUCUGCUUAAGAGGAUUCAGCGGGAAUUUCAAGCGUGCGACACCAACAAUAAUCAGGUGGAAGAUCUGAGUAUUGUGGAUCUACGAACGACGCCGAUGUCGCCCAAUCUUCAAACGAUCCCUCUUGUCGAUUCAAACUAUUCGAAAGGGAAUCUGAUCGAUGACACGGAUCCUCUUGCGAUCUCGAACGAGAGAUCGAGUUACCAAGUGCUGAAGGAGUCCGAGGGAGGCUCGCAGGGCUCGUUCCUGUUGAAGAGAAUGCUGCAGGCGCCAGUGGGCGCCAAUCUAGGCGAGAUCGCCAGCUCUCUUUUCUGGGCUAGCAAUCUACUGGACAACUCCGACACUCUGACCGCCGAGUCGGAGAGCAACGAGGACCAGGAGUUGGACGAAAAUAAUCCGAAUGAGUACUACAACUUGCUGAAGAAUUCCCAGGGCGAGUACUUGCUGAACGAGGCGAACUUGGUGCCGCAGCAAGUUUCGAACGUACUGACCGGUGACAGUCAGUACAGGUUUUCCAGCGACAUGGACAAUCGGCCGAAUCCUUAUCAGAACUGGACGAUCACUAGCGUAAUGGAGGUGCCCGACAGCGAUGUACAAUCCUCCAAGAUGUUCCACGCGAUCUACUACAACAACACGGACACCGCUGCGGCUACCGCGAACGCGGACAACAAUCUGGCUUACCAGUAUCAGACGGAUACUGCCUGCAAUGGCGACCAAAACUUCUUCAACUUUAACGCGCAGGACAUCAACUACACGACACAGACCGGCACGGACAUGAUGGCCAACGAUUCCUCCGAUAUUUAUUAUCUACAAAAUUUUGGCAGACACAACGGGGAAAUGGACACGGGAUAUUAUCGCAAUGUUGACACCUUCGGACAAAGCAACGUGCAACAGAAUGUCUAUACGAAUGAUCAACAGUAUCAGUAUCUUUAUCCUCGAUUCACUCAGGAGACGAACAACUUGUUAAAUCAGAGACUCGAGAGACUCGAACCACCGCAAAGCAAUCCUAUGAUAGGAUUAGAUCACAUUAAUCAAGAAACUGAUACAGAAAAUUUGCAGAGACCGGCAGAGAAUGGAACAGUGGAGGCAUUCUGGCCGACCACCGAGCCUAAGAACAAUCUGGAGAACAUCUUGAACUAUCAUGUCUCGAAGCAAGUGGAUUACUCCAAGUUAAGUCAGACGUCCUGCGUCUAUUGCUACGUGGCUCCGAUCGUCUCGCAACGCUCUAGUCUGGCAAUUAACGGCUACUCGCUCGAACGAAGAUACAUUGCCGAGCAACGGCAGCAUUCCUUUUCGCCUUACUGGAUGUUGUACAACGACACGUCGCAAGGUAUGCGAAUGACGAAUGCACCCGGCAAUCCGAUCGAGCAGCCUAUACCGACCCACACAGCCAUGAUGAUGGCUAGUAACGACUUGAAGGAGACCGCCAACAAUGUUCCCAUUAAUGAUGUGUGGUUGAAUCAGUACGAGCCGUCCAUCGCCGACGACAUAAAUCAGGUCUCAGACCCGCUCUUUUUUAACGUUACCGCCGACGACAUCUCGAUUAUAACGCGGAAGACUUAAAGGUUCGCGCGCGAAGUAUUUACAACAGUAAAGGAGUAGCUAGAAUAUAAAAUCGUGACUUUUAACGGAACGGGGAUAGCGUUCCCCCAAACCGCGGAGUGACAACGAAUAAUCGUUUCUCCAGGAUAAUUACUGUCUUCUUCCGUUUCUAAGCCACGCGACAAUCUUAUUAUUCUGUUCCAGCUUGGAACUCGUACAAUCGAAGCCAUCCGUCCUUGUGUACCGUCCUUGUGUAAUUGACGCCUAAGUAAUUAUUUUAUGCGAUUGCUCUGGGAAGCACCAGCGUGCUUUUCCGUUUUCACAUCAUCGACAAACGACACGCGCAAUUAUUUCUCUCACUUGUAACUGAAACGGGAGCGAUUCAAAAAGCAAUGGCAAACAAAUGAAAGUUGAAUAAUCGAUAUUGAGAGAUCCGUCAUUUCUAUCUUUUGAACUACACAACGCAGAUCAUUGGAGAUCUAUUUUGAAACAUAAAAGCUUUAAAAUAUACGACUAAGAUAGCUUGAAAAGACAAAUUUAUUUCGUAGAUCGGACUGAUUAAAUAAUAAGAUACUUAUAUUAAUUAAGUACUUUCCUAAACUCUAUUAUUUAGGUGAGAUUACAAUAUUGUACGAUGUGAAUGAGGCUUUAUGUUUUUUUCAGUGUGUUAGGAGAAAAAGAUUUAAAAAAUUAGAAUUUUCGUAUUAUAUAUAGGAUUUGUAUAUUACGUCUCCUAUGUAUUAUAUAGAAAAUAAAAAAUUAAAUAUAAAUAAGAAAUUAUAUAGAUAAAUAUAAUUAAAUAAUAAACGAAAGUUUCUUAUGUAUUUUUAGUUAGAUCACGCAGUCGAAACUGCAGAAUAUAUUAUUGUAUAUUGUAUAUUAAAUAAUAAACAUAUAAAGUUCAUGCAUCAGAAAAAAGCCUACAUGCGCACACCUCAAA